CCAACCACCACACACUCUGUAACCAUGUCGAAGGCCUCACAACCAGAACUCAAAAAGUUCAUGGACAAGAAAUUGUUCAUUCAUCUUCAAGGUGGUCGCAAGGUCAGCGGCGUCCUCAGAGGCUAUGACCUCUUCUUGAACCUGGUGAUCGAUGAUGCUCUCGAGGAGACCACCCCCGCACAAAAACACCCAAUAGGCACUGUCGUCAUCCGAGGCAACAGCGUAACAUCCAUGGAGACUCUUGAAGCGAUACGAUGAUGGAGGGUGUUGGUUGCGUGUCUGCAUUGUCUUCCGCCUUUCAUGAAAGUCUGUGCUUCUAGCUUGUAUCUGUAUUACUUCUUUCAUUCUGCUCGCUAUACCAUCCGUCUCAUCUCGAACACAAUUUUCAUGUUGUCAUAGUCAUUUUGAUCUGAACAAAAGGAACUGAUAGGA